AUGUCUCAGAGCAGCGCCUCUCCGAUUGAGAGAAAUUUGGGGAAAGAUCUGGCUAGCGAGCAGGAGGGCUACGCGGUGCUGCGAAAUCUCUACCGGGCGGUGUCGCAGGGUGAUGUAGAGAUCGUCAAGGCCCUGGUGGCCGCGGACAUCGAGUGGUGGUUCCACGGGCCAAGGGCGGAGCAGCAUCUCAUGCGCAUGCUCACUGGCGCGGAUCGGCUGGGAUCGAUCGCGUUUAGCCCCAGCAGGGUUUGCCUCGUCCAGGACAAGUUCUUGGCCGAGGGAUUCUUGGACGCCUCCAAGUCGUGCUGGGUUCACGUCUUCACCAUCAAGUCGGGCAAGGUCGUGGAGCUGCGCGAGUACUUCAACACCUCGGUCACGGUCACGGGCGCCGGAUUCUUCACCAGGGAUGACCCACUGUGGGAAAGCGAGCUCACGUUGACAUCCAUGCCCGGAUUGAUCGUCGCGGUGUGA